GAACCGUUAUUCAUGUCAGAAAGCACUGUGAGUUAAACGCAGAGAACAUCAGAGAGAGUGUGUGUUGUACUGCUUGUAAAUUGUAUUGUAUCUUUGAAAAAAAAAGUCAUUUUGAAAAGUUUUUAUUUGAAAAAAUGCUGCCAAAUCAGUUCAAUGCUCGUCAAGAUGACAAUCACAAAGAAAUCACACAAUAUAAGCAAAUUUUAAUCGGCACGGAAAAAACAAUGCCACGGCCACGAAUAUUUCUCAACGAUUCACCAUUGCAUUUGACACUCAAUAAAACAUUAUUAAGCUCAACGAAAAAUUCUUUGGCCCGAACACAUAUUAGUUUACCGGUAUCACCGGCACAUUCUGAGCCAAACGAAAGCGCAUACUUUCCGCAACGAGACAUUUUACGAAAAUCCAACGAAAUUGAAUCGGACAUAAAUAUGAAAGAAAUUUGCAGUGAUUUACGUGCGAUUUCAAUGUGCCCACCGAAAAGUAUACGAAGCGCAUCAAUCAACAGUUUGCCGGAUACAAAUUCCAGUGCAUAUUUUUCGGGUCAAGUAAGUUCAUCGUAUAAUCGAAACGAUGAAUCGGGUCAUUCAUUCAGUUUAUCCAACGAAUCUAGUGCAUAUUUUUCGGAUCAAGUUGGUGAUGAAUCAUACAAAGGUGACUCGUUGGACGUGUACCAUUAUCGGCAACCCAACUCGCCAGCUGUAGCAUCAAUGCCAUCAAUUCCGAAAAUAACGGGAAAAUUAUCAGCCAGAGGACUUGUUUGGUCACCAUUUCUCGCCGAUCAACCACAGCAACAUGAUCUAGACAAAAGUUUCAUUAAAUCACCAAUUGUCAACAAUGGUCCAGUGACUAGUUCACCGUUUCACAAUCACAUCGAUCACACAGACAUCGAUUGGGAUAAUAUUGAAGAGCCAGACGAUUUGAAUGACACAUUAGAAAGAGUUGAGUGGCGUUUGAAAAUGUGCGGCUACAAAUCACCGCCACCCGAAAAAAUGGCCAAAAAACGACAAUUGAUUCAUGCAUACGUUAGUGAGCUACUGCGAAAUGAGGCCGAAAAUGAAUCACCACCGUUUACACCAUAUCGAAUGGGACCAUGUUCACCGUUAAUGGAAGAAGUUGAGGAUCGGUUGGCUGAAAUUGGAUGCAACGGACAAGAAACACCGUACAUCGUUUCCAAGCGCAAACAAAUAAUGAGAGAAUUGGCAUCAAAGAGCAUUCAAAGUGCCGCCGGACCGAUCAGACCGGAAAAUAUUCAAGAAGAGGAUGAAGCAUUUUGUAGUCUUGAGAAUGCAAACGAAAAUAACGUUAGUGAGGAUAUGAGCAUCGUGCCGACUUCACCAUUCAACAGAAGUAUUCGACAUUACAUGGACGACGUUCCGAAUUAUUCAUUAUUGAAAGAGGUGGAAGAUCGAAUGAUUGCACUCGGAUGCGACGGAGAAGAAACACCGUACAUCAUUUCCAAGCGUAAACAACUAAUGAGAGAAUUGGCAACAAGACACAAUCAAAAUGCCAACGAUCAGGUCGCUGCCCAUAGCGCUCAUACUCACCAUGUUAUCAAUCGACCACCGAAAUCUAUCAGACGUACCAUUUCAAUCGAUCAAGAUUUCUAAUCAUCCGAAAAAUUCGUCACUGCAAAAUCUAUUCUACCCACCUAUUUUACAGUUCAAUUUUAAGAAGAAAAAAACGUAAAUAUAUAUAUAAAAAUAAGAUGUUCAAAUGUUUCUUUUUUAACAAGCAAAGUAAGCAACAAAAAAAAAUUGUGAAAUUUCAAUGGAAUAUUUUUUUUCUAAAUUUGACUCGAGGAAUGUAUAUAUCGAAUCAUAUCGAAAAAUAUCCUAAUAAAUGUAUUACACUCAGAAUUCAAAUAAAUCUAUUGCCGAUA